UAAGCAACUUUUAACACAAGGAGGCGUAGAGGAGUUUGCUGUUCGUCAUAUUCAGAGAAAAAAGGGGCUGCUGUCCGUCGUUAAUUCAGUCUCGUUCACUAUUUCAUCUCCGCGCAAAAUUUCAUUUUGAUCGAGUACAUUAAGUGAUCAUAUACGUCCAAAAUGAACCCCGAAUAUGAUUAUCUUUUCAAACUUCUCCUGAUCGGUGAUUCUGGUGUUGGCAAAUCUUGCCUUUUGCUCCGAUUCGCUGAUGAUACUUAUUCAGAGAGUUAUAUCAGUACCAUCGGUGUUGAUUUUAAAAUUCGGACAAUAGAUUUGGAUGGAAAGACAAUCAAACUACAGAUCUGGGACACUGCUGGCCAAGAACGAUUCAGGACAAUUACGUCGAGUUACUACCGAGGUGCCCAUGGUAUCAUUGUCGUCUACGACUGUACUGACCAAGAGUCGUUCAACAAUGUGAAACAGUGGCUCCAGGAAAUCGAUCGCUAUGCAUGCGAAAACGUCAACAAGCUCUUGGUUGGUAACAAAUGUGACCUGAGCACCAAAAAGGUCGUCGAUUACGCCGCAGCCAAAGAAUACGCGGAACAGUUAGGUAUCCCUUUCCUAGAGACGUCGGCAAAGAAUGCUACGAAUGUUGAACAGGCCUUCAUGACUAUGGCGGCUGAAAUCAAGAAUCGAAUGGGUCCUCCUUCCGCUCCUUCGGAUGGUGUUGGCGGAAUCAACAUCAACUCUUCUUCUAGACCAGUGGAACAGUCGAAAUCGGGAUGUUGUUAAUGGAUUAAGAAAAAAGGAAAAAAAAAUUCAAGAGAUCCAACGUUAAAUAACAACAAAAUUCGCAACCUCCCCUCUUCUCCCUAUUUCCCGUUUCUUGGCCUCCAACCAAAGUCUAAAAGUUAAACAAAAAAAAAAAAAUUUACCAAUUUUCUUUCUUUUUUCCUAUCUCUCUCAAGCUGCAUUGAUCGAUUUGUUACCCCAACCGUAUCUAUUCUUGCACCCACGAGAGAAUAAGAAAAAAAAAAAACAUCUAAAUAGUGUCGUGUUUGAUCUAGGUCCGAAAUAUUUUUUUCCAGCUGGAAAGGGUUGAUUUUUUUCUAUCACUAUUUUUUAAAAAUGCCAACUCCUCCCUCCUUCUUCGUGUAAACAGCUUGUACGCGCCUGUUUGUCGCUGUUAUUUUGGGGAAAUAUUGGAUUAAUUAAAAAGAAAACACUAAAUUAAGCAAGAAUCGAUUGUAAAGAGAAGUUUCAGUUUCGGUGAAAGAAAGAUUUUCUUUUUCUUUUUUUGCUCGUCAUUCCAUUUAGAUCCAUUUUCGUAUCAAUUUGCGAUUAUUAUACACAAUGAGUUGAA